AUGGCUUUAUCAAUGGCAAUGGCAGUGGAUGCUACUUCUUGUACUAGUAACAGAUGGAGCAUGGCAUCUCUCAGGACCGCACUUCCCUCUUCUUCUUCUUCUUCAACGAGUGCCGCAGCAACAAUUCGACUCCCAUCAUCUCGUUGCCAAUGCCUCCAGCAAUGCAUCAGCCUCUCUCGCUCUCGCCGCCAACAACAACCAGUCCUCACUCGCUCCUUUACUGCUAUUAACCCUCUCUCCUCCCUUGGUUUCUCCGACAACACCACUUUUGGACAUGCCUUCCCUGCUGUUGAUAAUGGCUCGCGUUUUUUUGCCAUGAGGCAUGGAAGGCGAGUUCCCAAGCUCAAUCGCCCACCUGACCAGCGUCGGGCACUUCUCAGAGGCCUCACCACUCAGCUUCUUAAACACGGUCGUAUUAAGACCACAAGAGCGCGCGCCAGUGCCAUGAGGAAGUAUGUUGACAAGAUGAUCACCUUGGCAAAGGAGGGGUCUCUCCACAAAAGGAGACAGGCUCUGGGCUUCAUCUAUGAAAAGCAGAUUGUUCACGCCUUAUUUGCAGAGGUACCAGACAGGUAUGGGGAACGAAAUGGUGGAUAUACCAGAAUUAUUAGAACUCUACCAAGGCGAGGGGAUAAUGCACCCAUGGCAUACAUUGAACUUGUCUAG